GUGUCAACAGACAAAGGUAUUCCGAAAGGAAAUCGGUGUUUUCCGACGUUUUCCUUGUGGUACUGUUACCCAAUAGCAAACACACUGAAGACCAAGACAUUAAUGGCGUCAAAAUGGCGAGCAUUAACCGAGUUGGUUCGCCUAUGGAUGUAUGUGAAGAAAAUUAUGACUUAAACCAGGAAGUCCUCGAUAACAAGAGAAAGUUUUUGGAAAAUAAGCAAAGAAACCGUUCACCUUUUUUCAUUGGAACCAUUGAUGAAGUUAAUAAGAAAAUUAGUAAACUUGACAGAAAGCUUCAGAAGUACACAGCCUUGGUAGUGGAGAGCAGAACCUCUGAUUAUGAAGACACAGAUGAAAUUAUGUCUGUGGCUAGUGCCAAAGGGAGAGACAGAUAUGAAAAAAGAGAGAGAGAAACUAAAGAACUUAACAAAUUUGCAGGAUAUUUUACAAUGAAGCAAACUUUUCUGCCUGGAAGAAGUGAAAGAGUGAAAAACAUCUCAAAAGUCAGCAUGCAACCAAGUAAAACAACGAUUAAAAAAGAAACAGGAAAGCCAAAGUUUGUGGAGCUGUACCAGUACCCUGGCUAUGACUCCACGGAACUGACAGCGCUCCCAGACGAAAUUCCCAUCGUGGAGAUGCUGGAAAAAGCAGUGUCUGCUCAUAUGCAGCUCCAUAAAAAGCCUGACUACCGGCCAGAAUUUGAGAAAUGGUUCUAUUCUGAGAUGUCACAAGCUGUAUGCUCAGACAUUUUCUGGUAUCUUUUUCUGGAUAAAUUCCAGUCCAGUAAGAACUCCCAAGUCAAACUGUUCAACAGAGCAGCUUUCAACUAUGUCAAGUUAAUGCUGUAUGUCCGAAACCCCCAGUAUAGAGAUGUCUUCUUCAAGGACUUUCCUACACUGGUCGCCCAGUCAAUCUAUGCUGCCUACUGCCAUUCUUUCCCCGAUUCCUACCGACAAUUCAACGAGCAGUUCAAGGAGGACCUCGUCAUUCUGGUGUACAACUGGAUAGCAGGUAUCAGGCCUGCAUCAAGGUGUUGGUUGUCAUGGAACUUUGAUAAACUCGAACCACCCAACAUCAAGCAAAGGGAAGAAAUGAUGAACAGAGAGAAGAAUAAAAAACCUUCCAUGUCCUUGAACUUUGAUUUCCUGGACUCUCUGUUCUCGAGCAAUGCCAGUCAAUACACCUCCACCACCUCUCUAAACCAGUCCAUGUCCAAGUCCUCCAUGCAGAGCUACGGAGGUCGCCGAGGGAAAAAGUUACCCCGCAACAUGAACAGGCGCAGCAGUAUACAGAGUUCUGUGUCCGUCUCCUCAAAACACCACCUCCAGUCUCCCGGGUCCUCUCACGAUGGGGCCAUCAUUGAAUAUGUGUCGGAUAGCCAAAAACCUGGAAUCCUGGGUAAAAAGCCCUCACCCUCUCAGUCUCAGACCAAGGACAGAGCUGUGGACCCAAGGAAGUUGAGGGACGCCCUGACCCCGAUCAGGGAGACUACAUAUGAGGAGGAUGCCCAGCAGCUGGACACACACAGAGGGGACAAGACAUCCACUGUGUCUGUGGCCCUCACGAAAGCUCCCACCAAAGUACCGGGCAGGAAGAUGCGAGAGUCCCAUCCAGCUUGUGCUGGCCCAGAUUAUGUGAGAUCAGUGUUCAAUAUAAAUGGCCAGAGCCCCCUGGUGGCGCAUUACAUGAAAAUGAAGGGUCUGCAGUAUGAUGCUGGGGAGGACAUCCGCAUCCAGCGAACGGAAAUCCAGAACCUACCUCCUUUGGAUGCUCCAACCUAUAGAGAUGUCAUUCGGGAAUCGUUCAAGAAAGCGAGAGAAAUUGAAAAGCAGUAUGAUAGUUUUAUUGAGAAGAACCUUAAAGAACAAGUAGAGACAAUGAUGAGGAACAGAUUAGCAGACAAACGACAUCGGCACCUGGAGAAACUGCUUCUGUCCAACCCCAAAGAGGUCAAAAGGUUAACGGAGCUUAUCAUUUUGGAACAAGAGAAAAAUCUCGACUCUGAUUCGGCAGAACCAGCGGUUAUUAUUGAGCAGACUUUAAACGCUUUGUCACACAAAUUAUGGUGACACAUGUGUCUUAAAUAUCAAAAGUACCCAAGAUAUUUGGCUUAGAUUGUGGAUUAAUUUAACCAAAUGUUGACGUGCAAAGAUUUUAUAGAUUUAAUCAAGAUUAAUAGAAGUGAAUUCACAGUAUGGUUUAGAAAGCUGUUAAUUUGUCGAUGAUGUUCAAAAAUGAAUAAUGGAAUAUGAAAGGAACAUUUUUGUUAUCUAAAAAUUUGGUACUAAGUUUGAACAGCUUUUGAGAUAACUGAAUUCUGUUUGAGACUUUGGCAAUUACGAGUAAUCAGAAAUCUGCCAUUAUGGUCUGGUUGUUUGCUGGUUUGAAUGAGGAGCUUUAUUAAUUGAUGUGGCAUUUACUGUUGUGCAUGCUUCAGAACUUCUAAUCUAAUGGAUACCUUUUCAGGAAAAUCAAAUAAAUUUUUAACUUGUUUUAAAAAAAAUUUGAGUUUCUCUUAACAUAUAUUCAAGAAAUCCAAAUUUUCUUACAUUUCUUAUAAAAUAACUUCUUUUUCUGACUUGUGUGUUUUCUUCUAUCAUAGUUCAUUGCCAUUAGGUGCUCCACUUUUUUAACAGAUAUGAGAACAUCAUUUUGAUACAUUUUCUACACUUGCAAUAAGCAUGUAUUAACAGUCAUUGUUAAUUGUUAUU